AAACAUCAGAUAUCAGCCACAAUCAAAUCCUCAUUCUUUCACCUGAGGAACAUAGCCAGAAUCAAGCACUUAAUUCCCUCAGAUGAUAUGCCAAAAGUCAUACAUGCAUUUGUAUCAUCUCGAUUAGACUACUGUAAUGCCCUCUACCUUGGUCUACCAGCAAAAGAAUUGCAACGCUUACAGCUGGUGCAAAACACAGCUGCCAGGCUGUUAACCAACCAGCCCCGUUCCAGCCACAUAACACCCAUCCUCUACUCCCUUCACUGGCUGCCUGUAAGAUGGCGAAUCCUCUUCAAGAUUGGCUUACUGAGUUUCAAAGCAUUACACGACCAAGGCCCAAGGGAUCCCGUGACAACGUCUAAGACUGUCAAGUGACGCAAUAUGACACACUUGGUUUAAGAUGCCCGGCCUUGGUACUGUGAAAUGGAGAACGGAACAACGGAAGACCUGGAGGACAAUCUCACCUUCUGCACCAUUGACCACACCAUACAUCAGACGCUGUUCCCGGUGGUGUACGUAGCCGUGUUUGUCAUUGGCCUCCCAGCGAACUGCUUGUCUUUGUACUACGGCUAUCUGCAAAUCAAGGCCAAGAAUGAGCUCGGAAUAUACUUGGUCAACCUAACACUGGCAGACCUUCUGUAUAUCUUCUCCCUGCCCUUCUGGCUACAGUACGUCCUCCAGCAUGACAACUGGACCUACAAUGAGACCAUGUGUAAGAUCUGCGGCAUCCUCCUGUAUGAAAACAUAUACAUCAGUAUUGCAUUCUUGUGCUGUAUCUCCAUGGACCGAUACCUGGCCCUGGUGCACCCUUUCAGGUUCCACAAGCUCCGGACUAUUAAGGCAGCGCUUGUGGUCAGCACGGUCAUCUGGCUGAAGGAAUUGAUGACCAGUUACAUCUUCUUCGAACACGGGGAGGUCAGCAAAGACCCCGACAGCCAUAUUGUCUGCUUUGAACAUUAUCCCAUUAAAAGUUGGGAACACAGCAUUAAUUACUAUCGGUUCUUUGCUGGGUUCCUCUUCCCCAUCUUCUUGCUGCUGUUUUCUUACUGCCGUAUUUUCAAGGUUGUUCGGAAGAGCCAAGGAACACAGACGAGGAAGAAGCUCCAGAUCAAGCAGCUGGUCCUCAGUACAGUCAUUAUAUUUGUGACCUGCUUCGGCCCAUACCAUGUACUGGUGGUUAUUCGAAGUUUGUUUGAGAAGAACUGUUCAUUCGCUUCAAAAAUAUUCAAUGUCUACCACUUUUCGCUGCUCCUCACCAGCUUCAACUGCGUGGCGGAUCCGGCACUCUACUGCUUUGCCAGCGAGAACACCUACAAAGACUUUGUUAGGUGUAAAGACUCCUGCUUUAAUGUUCUAAGCUGCAUGAAGGCUAGAAGGAGAGACUCGUAUGAAUUAAACUGUACAGAUGUCUCCAAUGUGGAGAUGGGCAGAUUGAAGCCACCUUCCGUGGACACCGAGACCUCGGCCCUGUACAAACAAACGGUUUCUGGGGUUGAAAAUGGAACUGAAGAUUGUUCUGCCCAAAGCAUAUAGGGCGUAAUUCUGAGUUGAUCGCAGCAGCAAGUUUGUUAGCAGUUGGGAAAAACCAUGUGCACUGCAGGGGGGGGCAGAUAUAACAUGUGCAGAGAGAGUUAGAUUUGGGUGGGUUAUUUUGUUUCUGUGCAGGGUAAAUACUGGCUGCUUUAUUUUUACACUGCAAUUUAGAUUUCAGUAUGAAUACACCCCACUCAAAUCUAACUCUCUCUGCACAUGUUAUAUCUGUCCCCCCUGCAGUGCACAUGGUUUUCUCCAAGUGCUAACAAUUUUGCUGCUGCGAUCAACUCAGAAUUAGGCGCAUAGAACGAUAUAACGAAAAGGAUUUGGCAUGAUGUUGCUGUACAAUAGUUUUUUGUUUUUUUGAGGGGGGGUUAAAGUGUAUCUAAAGUAAUUUUAUAUAUAAAAAUAAUAUCUGUGUUCUCUGCAAAAUUGAUGUUACCCAAUUAUUCCCGGCUCUACUGCGCACUAUAACAUGUUCUGAUACUAACAAUAAUUUAUGCCUUAGAUCAGCCGUGGCCAACCUGUGGCUCUUGAGCCGCGUGCAGCUCUUUCUUUAUUCAAAUGUGGCUCCCGACACCUGACCACAACAGAUCCUGGAAACUGGUGCACUCCAACCAGACACACAGCAGCACUAUGGUGACUGAAAACUGAGCCAGAUACAGGGUUGUAGGGACAUAUGAGGGUGGGCUGGAGUGACACAAUGGGGAGCUGUCUGGAGUGACAACGGAGAAUCCUGGCAGGAGAGACACAAUGGGGAGCUGACUGGAGUGACACAGGAGGGUGCUGGCUGAAGUGAAACAUUGACACAUAGGGGAGCUGACUGAAGUGAUACAGGAGGGUGCUAGCUGGAGUAACACAUUGACACAUAGGGGAGCUGACUGGAGUGACACAGGGGGGUGCUGGCUGGAGUGACACAUUGACACAUAGGGGAGCUGACUGAAGUGAUACAGGAGGGUGCUGGCUGGAGUGACACAUUGACACAUAGGGGAGCUGACUGGAGUGAUACAGGAGGGUGCUGGCUGGAGUGACACAUUGACACAUAGGGGAGCUGACUGGAGUGAUACAGGAGGGUGCUUGCUGGAGUGACACAUUGACACAUAGGGGAGCUGACUGGAGUAACACAGGAGGGUGCUGGUUGGUGUGAGACAUGGAGGAGCUGAAGUUUAUUAUGUGAAUAUGGUUUUUUCAAUACAUUUUAUGUGGAUCUGGAUUUUUUAACUAUUGUAUGUGGAAGUGUCUUUUUUGAUAUAUAUUUUAUGUUGAUUCUGGCUUUAAAAUGUAUUUUAUGUGGA